AUGUUUGGCAAUCAGGGAAGUAGUGGGUUUGGUUCAUCAGGUUUUGGUUCCAGUGGAUUUGGUGGUGGUGGUGGUGGAGGAGCUGGAGCUUUCGGAUCACAAGCAGCAGCAAGCCCAUUCGGUCAACAAUCAACCGCAUCCACGGGAUCGGCAUUUGGGAAUAGUGGGUUUGGAUCAGCAGGACUACAGUCAUCUCAAGCAGGUGGCUCAUCAGGCUUUGGUUCAUCUGGAUUUGGAAAAUCAUCAUUUGGGAAUACACCCAGCUCUACUGGAUUUGGAGGCUCUGGAUUCGGAAGCUCUGGAUUAGGGAAAACGACCGCAACCAGUGCAUUCGGACAAUCUAAUACAUCUGGGGGAGCAUUUGGAUCAACUGGUUUUAAAUCAGCAGGAGCAUUUGGAACAACAACAUCAGCUUCACUGCCAUUUUCUUCAGUAGGACAAACAGGUAAUAAACCAUCACCAUUUGGGACUUUAUCAACCACACAACCAGCAUCCAAUCCAUUUGCAACUACUUCAACAAGCGCACAGCCUGCUUCCAAUCCAUUUGGAGCGGCAUCCACAACUACCGCUAAUCCAUUUGCAGCAACAAGUGCCCAAUCUACACAAUCACCAUUCGGAACAUUGGGGACGUCUUCACCUACCCAACAACCUUCUGCGUUUGGUUCAUCAACUCAACCCUCUGCAUUUGGAUCGUCAUCAACUCAACCCUCAGCAUUUGGAUCGUCAUCUACUACCAACCCAUCUCCAUUUGGAACUGUUGCUUCUUCAUCAACCAAUCAAUCAGCAUUUGGUUCGGCAUCUACCCCAGCAACUUCGGCCUUUGGUCAGAGUGAACCUUCAAACCUGCCAUUUGGAGCCCUAAAUACGACGUCAUCACCUUUUGGAGCUGCUUCUUCCGGCACUAAUACCACAUCUGCAUUUGGAACAGCAAACAAGCCAGGCGCUUCUGUUUUUGGAGCCCCGACAACAGGUGUCAGCUCAGCGUUCGCAUUUGGGCAAUCGGGGAAUGCACAAAAACAAGCAACAUCUGCAUUUGGAAGUAUAGGACAACAACAAAACGCAUUUGCAAGGGCGACUCCAAGAGAUUUGACAACCACUACUAGUAGUGAUAUAAUAUCAGAGUCAGGAGAAUUUGAAGAUUUGGCUCCAUCUGUUAUAGAGGCGUUUAAGGCUGCUAGGUUUAUGUUGGGGAGGGUGCCUGAUGCACCUCCACCUGCAGCGUUAUGUAAUUAG